AUGACCUUCACGGAAGACAAUGUGCAUGGAAUCCAGCAUCUGCACGAUGACGCCCUAGUGGUUACUAUGACCAUAGCCAACCACAAGGUGUACCGCAUCUUAGUCGACACCGGAAGCUCAGCCGAUGUGAUCUACUCCGAGGCUUUUGAAAGAAUGAGAAUUCCAAGGUCACGCCUUAGACCUGUGAAGACCCUCCUACACGGCUUUACUGGAGAAAGGAUAAUCUCCGAGGGAGCUAUUUCCCUCCCUGUCAUACUGUUUGGCCUGAAGAAUGCUAGGGCCACAUAUCAGAGGCUGGUGAAUCAAAUGUUCGCCAAGCAGAUCGUGUAUACUAUGGAAGUGUACAUCGAUGACAUGCUUGUGAAGAGCAUCAAGGCGUCCGAUCACUUGGUAGACCUUGGAGAAACAUUUGUCAUCCUCCGAGAAUAUCAGAUGAAGUUGAAUCCCGUGAGAGAGCUUGUGAGGGUCCUCUCAUGUGGGGAAUUGGGUUUGAAUAAUUUGAAGACAUAG